AUGAAGGCCUCAUCAAUCUCUUUCCUCAUAAUCCUAGCCGCUCUUUACUAUUCAUGCUCAAUCAUUUGCCACGCGUCCUCAAUCUCAGCCAUCUGCUCAACCACAGCCAAUGAAACCCUAUGCAUCCAAACCCUCAAAAGCACCCAAAACUGCACCAAUGACGACCUCCGGUGCAUGGCCCGAUUCGUAACCAAACAGGCCAUAAACGCCGCCAAAAACGUCCAAAAUAUAGCCCAACUCCUUCUGUCGCGCCAGAAUAAAUCUGGGCCCAAUUAUCAGGGAACGGGCCCACUCAACGACUGCGCCACCAACUGCAACACGACCCUUUACUAUCUCGGCAGCUGCUACGGUCCGCUGAAACAGUCGGGCUCGUCGGCCCAAACCAAUCUCUUGAAUUGGGCCUGGUUUGCCGAGUCGUACCUCAACAAUUGCGACCAGGAUUUCGGCCCAUCGGUUGAGCCGCAAGAGCUGGCGGCGGCAAGCAGCACGGCUAAGCAGCUCAUCGAAAUUCUGUUGACGGUUGCCGUAAUAAUCCCCGUCUAA